AGUUCGUCAAUUCUCACUCUGGUUCCCAUCGACUUUCAGAGCAGAAAGCUCCCAAUCUUCAACAAAUAUCACUACAGCCCCUCGAAUAAAAUGCCACUUUGCCAUUUCAACAACUUCAAAACCCUAGUUUGAUGAACCCUAGCGGUGCAAAUAUGUAUUCUGCAACAACUGGCAGAACUGAUAUUCUGAUAUCUGCUAGAGUGUCUCAUUCGCAAUCCUCCAUUAAACUCUUUAGAUCAUACACUAUCCCAAUUUCAAUCAAAAAAAGUUCAAGAGAUUUGAAUUUUACUCAAAGGAUCAGAGAAAGACCUCCUCUAUUUCAUCCACAAUUGCCAGUUUUAUGCAAAUCAAAAACCACGUUGUCUGCGCAACGUGAUAAUAGUAGAACUUCCGGUGAAGAGGAUUUUGUGACUAGGGUUUUGAAGGAAAACCCUAGCCAGGUGGAACCCAAGUAUUUGGUUGGUAAUAAACUGUGUACAUUAAAGGAAAAAGAACAAUUGGAAAAGAAAGGAUUCGAUGGUGGAGUUUUUGAGAUUUUGAAAAGGUUGAAUUUGAAGGCAUUGUCAAAGAAAGAAGGUGAUGCGGGUAAAGAUGAAAAUGUUGUCCAGACUGACAAUGUUUUUUUGAAGGAUAUUUUGAGGGAAUACAAAGGGAAACUUUAUGUUCCUGAGCAGCUUUUUGGGGCGAACUUGUCAGAGGAGGAGGAAUUUGACCAGAAUCUGGAGGUGUUGCCGAAGAUGACUUAUGAGGAUUUUCGGAAAAACAUGAAGAGCGAUAAAAUAAAGUUGUUGAGUUUCAAGGAAAGUAUUGUUGUUUCUUAUGGGAUGAGAGAUUUCAUUGUGGACUUGAAGGAAAUCCCCGGUGACAAAAGCUUGCAGAGAACUAAGUGGGUGAUGAGACUGGAUGAGAACCAAGCACAGGCUGUCUUGGAGGAUUACACAGGCCCGCGAUAUGAGAUAGAGAAGCAAAUGAUGUCUUGGGUGGGAAAAGUGCCAGAAUAUCCAAAUCCAGUGGCAUCUACAAUAUCCAGCAGAAUGAUGGUAGAGCUUGGAGUGCUUACUGCUGCAAUGGCUGCAGCUGCAGUUGUUGUUGGAGGGUUCCUAGCUUCAGCAGUAUUUGCAGUGACCAGCUUCGUCUUCGCCGUGACUUUAUAUGUGGUGUGGCCUAUGGCUAAACCAUUUCUUAAGCUUUUGUUUGGUCUUGUCUUCAGUAUUUUAGAGAGAGUUUGGGAGAAUUUUGCUGAUAUUGUCAGUGAUGGAGUCUCCAAGUUGUAUGAAAUUUACACAUUUGGUGGUGUAUCUGCCAGUCUUGAGAUGCUUAAACCAAUCAUGCUUGUAUUUUUAACUAUGGUUAUUCUUGUACGUUUUACUCUUUCUCGAAGACCUAAGAACUUCAGGAAAUGGGAUAUAUGGCAAGGCAUUGAAUUUUCUCAAUCUAAACCCCAAGCUCGUGUGGAUGGUUCAACUGGAGUUACAUUUAAUGAUGUGGCAGGGAUUGAGGAAGCAGUGGAAGAGCUCCAAGAGUUGGUGAGGUAUUUGAAGAAUCCAGAACUAUUUGAUAAAAUGGGGAUAAAGCCUCCACACGGGGUUCUUUUAGAGGGUCCUCCAGGAUGCGGCAAGACCCUGGUCGCCAAGGCCAUUGCUGGUGAAGCUGGUGUUCCAUUUUACCAAAUGGCUGGGUCCGAAUUUGUUGAAGUUUUAGUUGGUGUUGGUUCUGCUCGGAUCAGAGAUCUAUUCAAGAGAGCCAAGGUAAACAAACCAUCAGUUAUUUUUAUUGAUGAAAUUGAUGCACUGGCUACAAGGCGUCAAGGAAUAUUUAGUGAAUCCACCGACCACCUAUAUAAUGCAGCUACUCAAGAAAGGGAGACCACGUUGAACCAGCUAUUGAUAGAGCUUGAUGGGUUUGAUACAGGCAAAGGUGUUAUUUUUUUGGGUGCUACUAAUCGCAUGGAUUUGUUAGAUCCUGCACUUCUUCGUCCUGGUCGGUUCGAUCGUAAGAUAAGAAUUCGUCCUCCUAAUGCAAAAGGGAGAUUGGAAAUUUUGAAAGUUCAUGCGCGGAAUGUAAAAUUGUCAGAAUCUGUUGAUUUAGCUACCUAUUCUCAGAACUUACCUGGAUGGACGGGUGCAAAGUUGGCCCAGCUGCUCCAAGAGGCUGCUCUUGUAGCGGUCAGGAAAGGGCAUGACUCGAUUCUUCAAUCAGAUGUGGAUGAUGCAGUGGACCGACUUACAGUAGGACCAAAACGGGUUGGGAUAGAGUUGGGUCAUCAGGGUCAAUGUCGUCGGGCAACUACUGAAGUGGGAGUGGCGAUGACUUCUCAUCUGCUAAGGCUACUUGAGAAUGCAAAAGUUGAAUGCUGUGACCGCAUCUCAAUCAAUCCUCGUGGCCAGACAUUGUCCCAAAUUGUAUUUCAUCGACUUGAUGAUGAGUCAUACAUGUUUGAGCGCCGACCACAAUUGCUUCACCGCCUCCAGGUACUACUUGGAGGGAGAGCUGCUGAAGAGGUUAUUUUUGGACGGGACACGUCAAGGGCAUCGGUUGACUACCUUGCAGAUGCAUCCUGGCUUGCUCGUAAAAUUGUCACAGUAUGGAAUUUGGAGAAUCCAAUGGUAAUUCAUGGAGAGCCAUCUCCGUGGAGAAAGAAAGUUAAAUUUGUGGGUCCAAGGCUGGACUUUGAAGGAUCGCUUUAUGAUGACUAUGACCUGAUUGAGCCCUCGAUCAAUUUCAAUUUGGAGGAUGAAGUUGCGAGGAGGACAGAAGAGUUGAUGCGUGACACAUAUGGAAGAACAGUUGCUCGGUUGAGGCGGCACCAUGCUGCUUUGCUUAAAACCGUGAAGGUUCUUGUCAAUCACAAAGAGAUCAGUGGGGAAGAAAUUGACUUCAUUCUGAACAAUUAUCCUCCAGAGACACCUACAAGUCUUAUAUUGGAGGAAAGAGAUCCAGGGAGCCUUCCAUUCUUCAAACAAAACCCAGAACAAGGGCAGGAGUUGGAGUAUAGCUUGUUGAAUUCAUGAAGAUGCAAAAUCUUGGUGAUGGAGAUGCAGUUUAGUUGUUGAGGUGGUGCAAAAAGAGAGUGAUAUGACAAUUCAAUCUGUAAUUAUUUUUGGGAUGUGUCUUUGGUAAAGGCAAUUGUUAGUGAGAGCAAAUGAGAUCAUCCCAUCAAUUUUUGUUUUUGUUGUUGUUGUUGUAUUAUUAUUAUUAAUAUAUAAAUGUUAGGUGGUAAGAAUUUGUUCAUUUUUUCUAUAUUUUAUUUUAUCUCGGA